AACUUCUGAGGCGUCCGCUCCACUUUGCAGGCUGCAGUAGGCAACAUGGCAGCCUUGUGGAAAGCUUACCAGAGGCUGAUGGCCAGGCACCCCUGGAAGGUGCAGAUCUUCACAGCUGGGGCUCUGGUGGGUGCCGGAGAUGUGAUCUCUCAGCAGCUGGUGGAAAGGAGAGGGCUGGCUGGACACAACGGCCGGAGGACCCUGAAGAUGAUGACCGUUGGCUUUUGCUUUGUGGGCCCGGUGAUCGGAAGCUGGUACCAAGUGCUGGAUCGUCUGGUACCAGCCAAGACAAAAGUGGCUGCUCUCCAGAAGAUGCUGCUAGACCAGGGCGGGUUUGCCCCCUGCUUCCUUGGCUGUUUCCUGGCUGUGGUGGGCACACUCAAUGGCUUGUCCGUGGAAGAGAACUGGAGCAAGAUCAAGCGGGACUACAAAGAUACCUUGAUCACCAACUACUAUAUCUGGCCAGCUGUGCAAGUUGUCAACUUCUACUUCGUCCCCUUGAACUACAGGCUGGUGGUGGUCCAGUGUGUCGCCAUCCUCUUCAACUCCUACCUCUCCUGGAAGACUAAUCAACUGUGACUUGGCAGCAUGGAGACACAGAUGCUCUUGUGGUCACCAGC